AUAUGAAACGUAAGGAUAAAGAUAAUAUAAGACCUACAUCUUAUCAGCUUUAUCUCAUUGAAGUACAUGCCAUUUGUUUAUAAUAUCGACUGACUAUAGAAUUUUUGCGAUAUAAAGUAUGAAAAUAUUAUAUUGGUGAAACUUUUUGUGAAAUUAAAGGAAAAAUGGAUAUAGAAGAAGUUCAGUCAGUUAGUGUCAGGAAACUUAUUUCAGCCUUUGAAAACCAAACUAAUUCUCCUGAAGCCACAUACUUUAGACCAAGGACUAGAUCAUUGGGCAACAUACUAGCAAAAAAUGUUACUGUUAGAGAAAACCAAUUUGCAACAUUGGAUGAAAUAAGUGACGCAUUGGAAGUAAUACAACAACAACUGCAGGUUUACGACAUAUACAAUAAAGAAAGACAUGUUGCAUUCCAAGAAGAACUAUUCAACAUUCUGACCAGCAUUAUUAAUAUCGAUAAUGAUGAUCCAAUCAGAGCCCGUAAUCUUAUCUCCACUACUAAACAUUUAGUUUCUGUGCUGAACAAUAAACUUCCAUCUAAUAAUUCUGUCGAACACCGAUAUACCAAAUAUUCUGAGCAGGUCAAUGGUACACAUCAAUCCAAUAUACUAGUUAAAAAGAAAGAAACAUCGAAAACUAAUAAUAACAUCAAACGGGAAAACAGUGUUGACCUCAACAAAGACAUAGUCAAGUCGACUAAAGAAACAAAAGGUAUAGGUUUAACCAGGUCUGUUUCAGUUAAAAAGCUUAAAGAGCUCUUUCAAAGUGACAUAAAGCUAUCUGAACUUCCAACCCAUCAAAACAAAUAUGAGUCCAAGUCCGAACAAACAGUCAAAGUCAGCAAUACGUUAAAGAAAAGUUCAACUACUACCACUGUGGUAACUGUUCCUGAAGCUGUUAAUAGAGUAAUCAAGGAUGAACGUGUUUAUCCUUACCAAGAAUACUACCCAGUAGAAACAGCUUCUAAGGAUACAGACUAUGCAAUUUCCGUAGCAAAUCUUCGAAAUGUAUUCGAGGUGAAGUCAAAAGAAGCAUCCACAGGUCUACCGCUUAUUCUUAAGGAACAUAAACCACCAAUUACAAGGUUCAACUAUAGAUCUAGCGUCAGCGAAGAACCUGAAUUGAUUAGUUACACCCCCAAUAAACUGGCUUCUGAAGAAAGUAGCAGACUGCUGGAACUAUUGAAACGAGAUGCUGAAUCCUCCAAUCAAAGUUUUGAAUACUCGCUUAAUGUCAGUGAGCAAGAUGAUGCAGGGGAAGUGACACCAGUGGAGUCUCCUAAUAGGGAUGAAAACGACAUUAUGUCAAGUUUGGAGUAUAUAGAAGAAAACGACAAUGAAUAUGACAAUGACUCUAUAUCUGGUGAUAGCUUGAAUAGUGCAGAGAGUGUUAAAACUGUUGAAAGUUUAAAUUCAAAUAAUAAUAGUAGUCUACGGCUUAAUAGUAAUUAUAUUAUUGACGACAAUGAGGAGGAUGACAACGAAGACAAUGAUUACAAUGAUCACGGUGUUAAAAUAGAAGAAAUCAAUUUUGAUGACACUGAAUAUUUACCUGAAAGUGAAGCGUAAGAUAAAUAAGUAAUAAUAUUUAUUAAUAAGAUUAUAAAAUAAAAAGUAGAACAAAAAGUAUAAAAUAUACCUACUAUUAUUAAAAAAAGAUAAUUUUUUUAUUGUUAUUAGAAAUUAUUUAAAAAAUAUAUUAUAGAAGUAUUCUGA